GGGCGCGCGCCGGCCGCGGGGCUGGCCGUACGGCGGCCGGGAAGGGACCUUCCCCUCAAGCCGCGGCUCUUUGUUAGGCGGGAGGAGCCCGUCGGGGAGCGGUGCUGCGGGUGGCUGAGGACGGAGGGCGAGGAGGUGACUUAUCCCAGCCGGGUAAAAUGGGCUCCAAACAGAUUGCCCAGGAGACAUUUGAUGAUGCAGUGCAAGAAAACAUCACAGAAUUUGAAAUGGAUCCAGAGGAGGCUGUGAGAGAAGCUGUGCAGCAGUUUGAGUCUCAAGGUGUUGACCUAAGCAACAUUGUGAAAGCUGUGAGGCAGCCUGCAUCUGAGAAUGGGCAGAGGCAGAAGCAUCAAAUCCUGCUGACCUUGGACGCCCUGGGGAGAGCCGUUGCCGACUCCGACCUCGCCGCGGUGGCCGAGCAGCUGGAGGCCUUCAGCGAGCAGUGCAAAGAGCAAUUGGCCUUCCGCUACCUGGCUGGGCAGAACGGGGCCUACUCUGUGGUCUUCUCUGCCUGCCAGCUGGCUUCAGGAGACAGAGACACUACGCUGAGAGCCCUCUGCACCCUCUGCGCCCUCUUGGACGGGCAGCCAGACCUGCUGGACGCGGCCGGGCAGGACUUGGUGCUGCGGAGCCUGCGGCAGGGCCGGGAGGACGCGGAGCUGGCGCUGGCAGGGCUGCGCUGCCUCCGCCAGGCCUGCCUGAAGCACGAGCAGAACCGGCAGGACUUUGUCACGGGGGGGGUCCUGCCCCUGCUGACCGGAGCCAUCCUGCAGCACCGGCACCACGCCGAGGUGGUGCGCGCGGCCGCCGCGGCGCUGCGGGUCAUGACCUUCGACGACGACAUCCGGGUGCCCUUCGGCCACGCUCACGACCACGCCAAGAUGAUCGUGCUGGAGAACGACGGCCUGAGGGUGCUCAUCGAGGCGGCCAAAGCCUUCACAGACAACUCUGGGGUGCUCAGCGAGCUCUGUGCCACCCUCUCUCGGCUCUCUGUCAGGAAUGAAUUCUGCCAAGAGAUUGUGGAGCUGGGUGGCUUGAGCCUCAUGGUGUCCCUGCUGGCUGACUGCAUCGACCACCCGGAGGUGGUGAGGCAGGUGCUGAGUGCCCUCCGAGCGGUCGCGGGCAACGACGACGUCAAAGAUGCCAUCGUUGGCGCUGGGGCCACAGACCUCAUCGUGCUGGCUAUAAGCCACCACCUGGGCAACCCUCAGAUCUGUGAGCAGGGCUGUGCAGCCCUCUGCAUGCUGGCUCUGCGCAAGCCUGAGAACUGCCACAUCAUCAUGGAAGGUGGAGGGGCCCUGGCAGCUCUGCAGGCCAUGAAGGCUCACCCCCGGGAAGUGGCUGUCCAGAAGCAGGCCUGCAUGCUGAUCCGCAACCUGGUGUCCCGCAGCCGAGACUUCUCGCAGCCCAUCCUGGAGAUGGGAGCUGAGAACCUGAUCACAGAGGCUCGUGCAGCACACAGGGACUGUGAUGAUGUGGCCAAGGCUGCCCUGAGGGAUCUUGGCUGCAAAGUGGAGCUCCGGGAGCUGUGGACAGGUCAGAAGGGAGGCCUGGCUCAGUGAAUUGAGCUUCAAGACGUCCCUGAAGGCCGAGGGGCGGCCGGGAGCGUGGAUCAGCCUGCAGCUGCACUCGACUGCCAUCCCUGCAGCACAUGCCUGGCCUGUGAGGCUGCACUGGACUUCUCCUUGGGAGCUCCAGCUGAAAUGGCUUUAUGCAUUCACAGGCUGCACACCAGCUCUGUAGUAACCAUCCCUGCAUCAUCUAAUGCCUGAAGAUGAUCUGCUCUCCCUGUGACCCCUGCUCCUUGUGUCCAGAGCAGGGCUGCUCCCCACCUGCUCUGCUCUCCAUGGCUAAAGUGGCUCUUCUCUGGUGGUACCUUGGCAGCUGGUCCUGCUCUGUUCCUCUGCUCUCUGCCUGUGGAGCCUGCAGCCCCGUUGGGAACAGGAUGGAUGAGGAAGAUUCCCAUUGUGUUUGGCUGUGUUCUGUCCUGCUGUACUGCCCUGCUACCUGUUCUUUUACUGCUGACCAUGUGCUGUGCUGCUGCUUUGUUUGGGAUUUUCAGCCAGCCUAACACUUUAAACAGAAGCAAAGUGAGGAUUUGGGAGAGUGUGGCCCAGAGCAGCAUCCUCAGUGGUGUUGCACUCUGCAUCCAGCAGGAAAGUUCAUGCUCUGCUCAAGUGAGAGGAGCAGGCUGGGGGCUGGUAGUGAGGGUGGUGGUUUCAAAGCAGGCAGUGGUACCAGUGGGCAUCCCAGGAUUUGGGUGUCCCAGCAGAGCCUUCUGAGAACCCAGGCGUGCUGCAGGUGAUGAAGAGGCUGUGUGCCUGCUGGGCUGAAGGCACUUGUGGAACUGGGGGGCAAAACAGGAGGUGAAGCACCCAGAAAGUCUCUGAAGUGUCAGCUAAAGGCUUCUGUGUGCCCCUGAUCCCUGCUGGACUGCACUGAUACCACCUGUGCUCUGGUGCUGAAGCUUCCUCCUGCUGCUGUUGUACUGGAGUGGAUGUUUCCUAAGCUGCCAUUCUCUGUAGAAACCUCUGUAAACCAUCCAGGUGGAGAAGGGUGGUGGGCUCUUGAUGGAGCCUUUCUGACCAAGGCAAAGAAAGGUGAUGAAAUGCCUCUGUGCUGUGUGUGUAAGUAAAGCCUCCUGCAGCCCUGUGCUCUCUGCCAGCA